AUGAGAAGGGCCAACAUAUCCCAAGUUAGAUCUUUAUGUUUCUCAAAUUUGCAUGUGCCUAAAUUUCAAUUUUCCAGCUCGAUUACUGCACCAGCAGCUGCCUGCUCGUCAGAUUCAACUUAUGUUUCACUGUCAACCACUCUUCAACAGUACAUAAAUUCAGAUUCACCGUCACAUGGCUUAAAUAUUCAUAGCUAUAUUCUGAAAGCAGGUUUUCAACUUAAUAAGAACAUUACCAUCAAACUCCUCAUACUUCAUUUGGAAUCCGGCUUUACGAAAGAUGCAAGAAAGUUGCUUGAGGAGAUGCCUGGCCCAUCUUUAUCUGCUUAUAAUUAUAUGCUUAAUGCUUAUGUAAAGCAUGGAAAAGUUAUGGAAACAUUUGACUUGGUUCGGCAGAUGUGCAAUUCUGAUGAAAAGCCUGACAGCUUUACACAUUCAUUGGUAUUGAAAGCGUGGGCUUCAAUAUUUGCUCCCUUAUUUUUGACCUGUGACAUAGGAAGACAGGUGCAUGCCCAGAGUCUAAAAUAUGACAGUGUUGUGGAUGUUGUUCUUUUUCCUACCUUAGAAGAUAUGUAUGUUAAAUGUGAAAGGCUUGGUUAUGCUAGGUGUUUGUUUGAUUCAAUGUUGGUAAAGAAUGCCAUAUGUUCUACUUCAUUGAUAUCCGGUUACAUAAAAUGUGGUCACAUGGAGGAUGAUGAGUUACUUUUCCAGGAGAUAGUUGACAAAGAUGUUGUGGUAUUUAAUGCUAUGAUUGAAGGUUAUAGCAAAUCAGUAGAUACAGCAGAGAAAUCUCUUGGAAUUUUUAUUGAGAUGCAAAGACAGAGUUAUUUACCUACAAUUUCCACUUUUUCCAGUAUAAUUGGAGCAUGUUCUCUGUUGACAUCCGUUAAAACCGGUCAACAAGUACAGAGUCAUCUGAUGAAAACUAGGUAUUUGACUGAUGUGAAGAUUGGGAGUCCUCUAAUAGAUAUGUAUUCAAAAUGUGGGAGAACUGAUGAUGCGCGUCAAAUGUUUAUUUACAUGCCCGAAAAGAAUAUAUUCUCUUGGACUUCCAUGAUUGAUGGGUAUGGAAAGAAUGGGAAACCCUAUGAAGUUAUUGAAAUGUUUGGUAAAUUGAGACAGGAGACUCAAAUAAAACCCAACUAUGUAACAUUCUUAUGUGCUAUCUCGGCGUGCACAUAUGCUGGGUUUGUAGACAAAGGUUGGGAGAUCUUUGAAAGCAUGGAAAGGGAUUAUUCAUUAAAGCCUCGGAUGGAACACUAUGCGUGUAUGGUAGAUCUUUUAGGGCGCUCUGGAAACGUAGAGCAAGCAUGGGAAUUUGUAAUGAGAAUGCCUGAAAAACCUAAUUCUGAUGUAUGGACUGCUUUGCUCAGUUCAUGUAAAUUGCAUGGUGAACUAGAGAAGGCAGGUGUAGCGGCAGAUGAAAUUUUUAAAAUGUGUUCAUACAUUUCCCUAUCAGACUCUCUUGCUGCUGCUGGAAAGUGGGACUCCGCAAGUAAAGUUAGGGAACUGAUGAAGCGAAGAGGGAUAUCAAAAGAUACGAACUUGAGUUGGACAGGAACCAAUAAUGGUCAGAAACGGUUUCAUGCUGGUCUAAGAUGA